AUGGCAGCUGAAGCACCUCCCCUAGACCUGUCUCUCACGCUGGCCCGCAGUGGCGUCGUGAGAUCGAGGCUUUUCUCUUGCCUCUUCUGCGAGAGGAAGUUCCUCAAGUCUCAGGCGCUAGGGGGCCAUCAGAACGCGCACAGGAAGGAGAGGGUCGUCGGCAGCUGGAACACCCACCUCUACCUCCCUGACCAUCCUCGUCCACCGGUGCCGGACACCGCGACGGGGUACAUUGUUGAUGACGACGACGAGAAGCACCAGAUGCUUGAUCUUAACCUCAAGCUUUAA